GUCGUGAAAGGGGGUGUGGUCUCCAAAAGGGGCGUGUCCUCGACAUUUUCACAAAAACACAGGCUGUAAAUAAAGAGUAAAAACAGCAAUAGUAGAGAACUAUCCGCCAUGCAUGCUACCACCUACCAACUCCAACCCCAACUAACAACAUAUGAAAAGUUCUUGGACCUAACAGUGAAAAAUUCAGUGCACUGUAUGAUCCAGCUUUCACCAUUGUGAACUUAACCUCUGCAAGAUCAAGACAAGACCCAGACUUUUUAGAAGAGGAGCAUUUCCCUGCACACUGACAAGCAAUACAAGGGGGACGUCACUCGUCAUCACAGAGAGCCAGCGUUGCUGUCGUGCACCACCACUACCGCCGCCGCUGGCAUACAUAGGGUUUUGGCAAGUAGAAAUCCAUUCGAAGAAAGAGAAGAGGUGUACAUGGUCACUGAUACUUCUGAAGAGGAAGAAAUUAAUUCCGAAUCAGAGUGUGUUACCGACUCUGAGGAGACCGAUGAAGAAGACUCUACUACACCACCUGAAGAAACUCCUGCUGUAAAAGCACUGAUGGAGCGCCUAAGAAAAAAAGCUGAGCUGCAUGGAGAACUACAUGAAGAAUGUUUUCAGAAUGACCCAGAAUGGCCCACCCUUGAUGACAUACCACAGGAAACCAAUUACAGGCAUCCACGUAUUUGCAUUACUGAUUGGUGCAAAUGCAAAAACUGUAAAGAAAUGCGCACACGGGAUGAGAGCUUCUGCUGUCAAGAAGAAGACGCCCUAAAUGCCCAUUUCGAUAAAGGGUUUGAAUGUAUUUUAGAACAUGAGGACCUAGCAAAUAUUAGGCUCAAAGAAAAUAUCCUGCAACUAAUGGCAGAAUUUAGUGGCAGAAUUAGUGCAAAAGAAAUUCUCAGAAAUUGUAACCGGGUAAUAAGAAAAGCUGCAUAUAGGUCCUAUUCAUGUUUUACACAUGGAAUUCUGGGUCCAGGCAGAAGGAAACCAAUUCCUUCCUGUGUAGUAAAUUUUAUCAGAAGACAAUUCCCUGAUCCAGAUGGACAUUAUGUUGGAUUUCAUUAUGCUGGGGAAUAGGCUGCAAGCGACAUGGCUGCACAUGUUUGAUUUCUUGAAAAUAUUGGUUUUUAUUUUACUUAUUUACUAAAUAUUUUAUUAAAUGUUUUGUUGUUAUUUAUGUUUUGUUAAUUUGUUAAAUAUAUUUCCCUUUAUUUAUGUUAUGUUAUUUAUUGAUAAUAAAAAUGUUA